GAGAGCAAGACGCACAAGUUUUCAGAGUUGCGUCUGUGACGGAAUGUUGUUGGGAACUUCAGUGGAUACUCUGCAUCUUGAAAUAUGAAUGUAUUUUAUUGUAAAACCUGAGGAAAUUGUAAGGAUAUUCUUCUGGUAGUCAGAUUUGCUGGAUGAUGCACAGUUCAUGACUUCCCUUGGGUCUGAUGGGGGCGUUGUAUAGUUGUUGCUGGCGGAGUCAUGAGGAGAACAAAGAUGAGGAGAACUCUAUUUUACGAUAUGAGACUUCCAAAAUGCAGAGCGCCAGGACUCGGACCUCCUCCAGGACUCGGACCUCCAAGACGCAGACCUCCAGAGCCAGCGUGUCCAGCCACAGUGACCCAAGCCCGGGUCAGGAGGGCCUGCCUUGGAGGACAGAGGAGCAGGAGUGGGUCCCCUGGAGCAGCCCCAGGACCUCCAUGGGUGAUGCAGAGUCGGACGGAGAGCUCCAAGCCUUCAUCAUGAUGAGGAACGAGGCAGAUACGUACACAGAGGAGUGGGAGAAGCUCAACUAUGACAUCCAUACUCUGAGGUACACCAAACGAGAGAUCAGCAGCCGGUGGAAAAAGAUUCUAAUACAGCUAGGCUACCAGCGUGAGGUGGACUCUCUCCUGGCGGUGAACAGACAGCAGUACAGGACAACGCUGAGUGAAUCUGAUAACCUGAACAGAGCCAGAGAGCUGUUACAGACCACUCUAGACCACUCUAGUUUGUUCCCACGAAGAGUGGCUAGCUCAGACAGAUACCUCUUUGUUAUGGAUCGCUUGGUGUCUCUGGACAGUGCAGAGGAUUUCAUCAGACUGGCGAAGGAGAAAUACCCAAAGAGAGAAUGAGAGAAAGAGAGAGAGAGAAGAUGGAGAGAGAAGACGGAGAGAGAAGACGGAGAGAGAGAAG